AGUUGUUGGUCGGCGGAGCAGUUCGUUGUCUUUUGGAAUUUUUGCGCAAACUGCAUAAAAAUACAAACAAAAAUGUUGCUUAGCAAAUAAGAAAUUUAAUAUUGUGUGUGAAGAAAAUAAAACAAAAUAUAGUUUUAAUCUAAUUCAACAACUGUGUAUAACAAAAGCACAAAAAGUAGUUAAAAGAAAAGACGAAAACUGUCGCUUGACUGUCGAUGACUUAGUUGUUGUCAUGCAAGUCAUGAUCUUGGCUCGAAACCGGCAUCAGUCACAGCCUUGAUGACGCAUUCGAUUACGAGCCCGAUUCCGAUUACGAGUGCGAGUAUCUGUAAAUGUAUCUGUCUCUGUAUCUGUAUCUGUAGCUAUAUUCGUGCGAGAUGCUCAUAAAAAUGCUUGGCGCGCAAAUUUGUCCAUACCUGGCUAAAGGCAGCUGCCUUUUGCUGGCCCUGUUGGCCACACUGCGAGCCGUAGCUAUCACAGCUCAUGUGGCCGACAGCAGCUCCGUGGAAAGCACUGUGCCGAUGGCCAACAAUGAUCCCAAUGUGGUGCUGGUGAAUAAGUGCUGUGAGAAGUUCGAGAUACACGUGAAUAAUUCAUGCCAGCAGGUCAAUGAAACGGAUUAUUUUGAGCCCAUGUUUACCAGCUAUGGCGGAGAUCAGAACCGACCCGUGGCACAUUUCAAGUUCGUCAUUGGAGUGCCCAAUUGUGGCUCCAAGCAGAUGUGGCCCGUUCUGGACUACUCAGGCAGCUAUGACAAGCUGGUGCUCCUGGACGAUGGCAAGCUGAGACACUAUACAAAUGCCGAGAAUGAAAACGAUGAACGACGCGGCGUGCAAACGGAUUACGAUGAAGAUCUGGUAGAGGCGAAUAAGCCACGUUACUAUGACUAUGAGCAGGGACAGUACUGCCUCGAUAAGGCCGUUUCCCCGGAGCACAAGCACAGUCUAUUUGCUCACAUCUGUUUGGCCAAAAAGGAGAACAAUUGGAACGAUUCAAACUUUCUGCUGCGUAAAAUUCUCAAUCCCAUAUUCCAUGGCAUAUCCUUGAUUAUUUUACUGAUCAUAGCCAUCGUUUACUUCAUUUUACCCACGCUCAGCAGAGAUCUUGUUGGAAAUAUUGUGACUACAAUUGCGAUGUGUCUGAUGGUCAGUCAGGCGGCGGAUCUGGUCUGCAUUUUCACGGAUUUCACCAAUCACGUUAGCUUCAUUGUGGCAGAUAUAAUACUGUGCUUCAGUUUGCUGGCGGCCUUCUUCUGGCUCAACAGUUUUGGCUAUUACAUUUGGAAGACGUUCCGGUCGAGGAAUGUGUUCCUGCGUGUGACGGAUGGACGCAAGUAUUGCUACUAUUCGGCCUAUGCCUGGGGAUGCACAGCAACGAUGGCUGGACUUGCGGUAUUUGCGCACUUUUUCCUGGAUGCGGAUUCAUACAAGAAGGAGAAUAUGCGCGGGGAACAGCAGACAAUUGGCUGGCUGGGCAUCUGUAUAUUCUUUGCGCCGAUUGCGUGCACCAUCAUCAUCAACAUCUUCUUCUAUGUGACCACACGGAAGCUAAUCAAUCGCCGUACAGUCUACGGCCGGAUUGCGCACAAACUAAAGGCCAACUUUAUCAUGUUCUCGCUGAUGCUGUUGGUCAUGUCAUUUUCCUGGCUGUUCCUCACCAUGUCCUGGCUAGCCCUGGACGGACUUCUUUAUGCUCACAUCGUAGUGAAUGCGUUCCAGGCGCCGCUGUUGCUUUACAUCUGCGUGCUGCGACAGCGUCAUGUUACCUUCUUGCUAAAGAAGUCCUGCUGCUACAACGAGCCGCCGUCUUCAAGCGAUUGGGGUGAUGAGAUGCACUACAUGAAUGGCAACGAAUAUUGAGCCAAGCGUCCACCGAGAGCGUUCAACUCGAUCUGAGCUGAAGCCAAGUUAUAGUUGAAUACGAGCCGUAAUCUAUCAACUAGUUUUAGGAUCUACUCGUAGCUAUGCUAAGUGUUUUUGUGUAGUUUAACAAUGUUAAACAUUGAGAUUUGUACUUAACAAGUAACUAAUUUAUAAAAACAACUUAUUAAACAAGCAAAGUCUGACACAUA